AUGCUUAGCUCAAGCUUCGCACGUAAUUUCAACAUUCUCGAAUGGCAGUCCAAGGAAAUCUGCGCCAAGUACAACGUUGCCGCCGGUAUAAAUCUUGUCGCUCGUUCCCCAGAAGAGGCUGCUGAAGCAUUCAGAAAGAUGAAUCUCCCAGCUGCUGUUAUCAAGGCUCAGGUUUACUGCGGUGGCCGUGGCAAGGGUCACUGGUUGGAAACAGGCUUCAAGUCUGGUGUUCACUUCGUAAAGUCCGCUGAUGAGGCCGCCAAGAUCGCUAAGGAGAUGCUUGGUCACCACCUUGUCACAAAGCAGACAGGCAAGGACGGCCUUCUCUGCCAGGCUGUUAUGCUUUCAGACCCAGUCGAAGUCAAGCGCGAACUUUACUUCGCAAUUCUCCUCGACCGCCAGACACAGUCCCCAGUUGUCAUCGCUUCCACAGAGGGUGGUGUUGAGAUCGAAGAGGUCGCUGCUCAUCAUCCAGAAAAGAUCCAUAAGUUCGUCCUCGAUGGUGUUGAAGGCAUCACAGAGGAAGUUGCUAAGAACAUCUCUACAAAGCUUGGCCUUACAGGCAAGGCUUAUGACAACGGUGUUGUCGAAAUGCAGAAGCUCUGGAAGCUCUUCGUUGGCUCCGAUGCUACACAGGUCGAAGUUAACCCACUCGCCGAAACAACAGACGGCCGCAUCAUCACAGUCGAUUCCAAGUUCAACUUCGAUGAUUCCGCUCACUACCGCCAGAAGCAGAUCUUCGGUUACCGCGAUCUCAAGCAAGUCAGCCCAUUCGAAAUCCGCGCUGAGAAGUAUGGUCUUAACUACGUCCCACUCGAUGGUAACGUUGCUUGCCUCGUUAACGGUGCUGGCCUUGCUAUGGCUACAAUGGAUGUCAUCAAACUUGCUGGUGGCGAUCCAGCUAACUUCCUCGAUCUCGGUGGUGCUGCUUCUGAGGCUGCUGUUACAGAGGGCUUCACAAUCAUCUCACAACAGUCCCACGUCAAGGCUAUCCUUGUCAACAUCUUCGGUGGUAUCGUUCGUUGCGAUAUGGUCGCUGCUGGUGUCAUCGCUGCUUUCAAGAAGGUCGGUCUCAAGGUCCCACUCGUUGUCCGUCUCGAGGGUACAAACGUCGAGGCAGGCAAGAAGCUCAUCCGCGAAUCUGGUCUCCCAAUCAUCUCAGCCGAUAACCUUACAGAUGCAGGUGAGAAGGCUGUUAAGGCUGCCAAGGGCGAAAAGUUCUAA